AGGAGCGCUUGCGGUCGAGUGUGCAUAAUCGGCGACGGCGGAGUGGCACCGCUUCGAGCUGUCUGUCCUUUCGAACGGCAAGUGGGCCUCGCUGCGAAGGGUUUUGUAACAAUGGCCGAUCUUAAGGGUAAUUUUGACAAGGCGGCUGAUGAGGUGAAGAAGUUGAAAGCAAAGCCUGAAGAUGCAGAGAUGCUUAAGGUCUAUGCCCUGUUCAAGCAGGCCACUGUGGGUGAUGUCAACACUGCUCGCCCUGGGAUGCUGGAUUUCACUGGGAAAGCCAAAUGGGAUGCCUGGGAGAAGAUGAAAGGAAAGAGCCAGGAGGAUGCCAUGACCGAGUAUAUCAAGUUCGUAGAGGAGCUGAAGGAGAAGUAUGGAAUCUAGUCGUAACAUGAGCAUGAACUGCCUGGUCACCCACUGCUGUCUGUGCAAAAACGCUGUCUAUGAACAGCACUGCGGUCAGCCCACGGCUUGCCCAUGUGAAAUGCCUUAAAUCUGACAAGUGUGCCCUGUGCUACUGUGUUGCGCAAUGCAUGUGAAAUCCCGGGGGGGACCACCAAGUGGUCCUGCAGAGAUUUUGGGGAAUGAGCACCACCUUUGGAAAGACAGAAACCGUCCUCCACCAGCAAACAAUAUUGUACAGUCACUGAACUCUUGUCCUAUGAAUAUAAAAGCCAGACCUCUUGUUUUGAGAAAAAACAAAAA